AUGGUGACCAGAGAGAGCUGGGAUUGUUUUACCUGGCGAGAUGAUUAUACGCAGCAUGUUAUUGGUCAGGAACUCUCAACUGUUCACAAAAUCCACAACAGACGCCCUGAUAUAUUCACACCUGAAGGAUCUGACACAGGAAGGGCUUUAGGACAGAAUGCAGAUAAUGAAAGAAAUUACGAUCUGGAAAAUGAUGUGAACUUGGCCAAGUCUCUUCAGCAAUAUCUUAAAUAUCUCCGUAUUCUCUCCCAGUCUGCAGCUACAAGUUUGUAUCCGAGGAAGAUGAAUGACAAAGUUUCUGUCAAGAGCUACGUCUAUAAUGAUCCUAUCAGGUACUAUGUGAUGCAAAAACACAAAGAAAGAGGACCUCCUUUGGCCCAUGCAUCGACAUCCCAUCAACAGUACGCUGAAAAUCUCCGUGGGAGGACCUUCAACCGACCUCAGCCAGACAAGUUCUCACCAGAGUCAGAAAUGGGGCUUGACCAAAAAACUCUGAUGGCUGCACUGCAUACGUACAUCACUCAGAACUUGUCAGCACAGAGCAACAAUAAAAGCUCUCACAGCAGGACUAAAGGAUCUCACAUUCAUGCUGAUAGAUUCUACUCUCCACAAGUCAGUCCUUUUGAUGGAAAUUUUGCCGAAGCAAAAGCAGGAGAUUUUAAAAUGAAGAAGCUGUUCCAGCCAAGACCUGUGUCUGGAGUGUUGGGGCCAUCCCCUGAGAUGCUGAAUCAUAAAUCUGCUUCCCAGGAUGAUCCAAAGGACCCUCUGAGUGUAGUGGAUGAGACACUUAUUAAAGAUGUAUUGAAGGACCUAGAGAAACACCAAGUGAAUGUGGAGAAUCUCAGCUCAACAGAACUGGAUGAGAUAGCUGAUACUGUCGCCAAUGCACUUCAAACCGCCGGAAUUCAGGAAGAAACAGAAAAGGGUGCUGGAAAAACUAAAGACGACAAAACAGAAGCACAAAUGAAGAAAGGAGAUUCUCAAGGAAGAGCAGAUGUUCAGACUGGAUUAAUGGAAAACAACGUCGAUAUACCAGACAACGGAAUGCUUGAAGCCAGUGUGAGAACUGAUAAAGAGGAGAACACUGCAAAACUAGUUAACUUCUUGAAUGAGAAUGUAUUACCUGAAAAUAUGCCUAAAGUCCUUAUACCUGAAGAAUCUACUAAGAGAGAAACCAAGAAAUUUGAAGACACUGACUUUUCUUCGUCAGAAGAAAUAACUGCUGGUGUGGAAAAUGUAAAAAGUGAGACUUUCUCAAGGGAACUGGCAGCUGCAAAGAACAGCGAGUCUGACUCCAAAGACCCAAGCGAGACCCACUACUGGGUUAAGAAUGCUUUAACGCAGGAUGGAAACUCCUAUGAAGAGCCUCGGAAAAAAAGCGGACAAGAUUUACAACUUGAAGUGAAGUCUUCUGAGGAGAAAGAAUACGGCUAUAUUGUGACAGUGAAAGAGCCGCUGAGCAUCGGCCUCCAGGAGGCAGUGCCAGGGACCCUCUCUUCUCCUGAGCUGCAGCGCUGCACCUGGAAGACCUUCAGGAGCAAAGUGCCUUCUGGUGAGCCACGUCAGCCUCUCCCUGGAGAAGAGCUGCUGUUGCAGCAAAACUGCAAGUUGCACCUACCCUUCAAAUCAACAGGAGAUAAAUGGGGUGCUCUGCACACCGACUCUGAGGAGAGUGAGUCGCAGAGCGAGGGCCAGGGUGUCACUGCAGAUUAA